UAAGUUAGAAACUUUGUUUCUUUUUCUGGCUGUUCAGUGCAGAGAAAGUCGGGACUUUCAGGGUUUGGCCUUAAAAGGGACCCGGCCAUGUUUCACUUACUUGAUAAGCCGGGCCCCUCUGCUGUCAGCAGGCUGGAAGCUUCAGAAGAGUAGACUGGAGCUCCCAUACCUUCAUGAUUUUGUCCUGUUUAGAUUCUCUGUACUCUCAUUGGUCUUAAGUUUAAGUCCCAGUAAAGGUGCAUUGUGAUUGGAUAGGCUGGAGGGGAAGUUCCUACUUCCCCAAUCCAAUCCCUGAACAGCUUUACUGUGACCAAUGAGGGUACAGAGAAUCUGCAUAGGAGAAAAAUCAUGAGUACACAGAACUGCUGUCCUAUUUUCUGAAGCUGGCAGCACACUGAAAGGCCUGACUAAUCAAGUAAGUGAAGCAUGGUGGGGCCCCCCUUAGACACAAAACCCUGUGGAGCCUGGGACAACUAGCCCCCCUGAUGGCUUCCCUUGCUGCCUUUAAUCCAAAAGUCACAGGCGCCACACAAACACACUCUCCUCAUUUUGGUGAAAAAAACGGAAGACUUUGCAUUUUUUUGUGCCAAAACCACUGGAGCUGACACAAUGGCUCAUUAUGUAGCAGAAUAGGAGGCUACUAGAUCAGGUUCAUUUAUAUUUAUGUAACCCCAUCUUGCCCCCCUGUACCAUAAGAUUCAUUUCUUACCAUCCACAGGUCUUGAAUCCCCUUUGCUAAAUGAAAGGCUACUGGGAAUUUAUCUUAUGGCAGUGCCUCAAUGGGAUCUGGGGAUACACCUAUGAGUGCCCCCACUAGGAAACAAUAAUUACACACACAAGUACUGCAGAUAAUAUGGAACUUUAUAUGAGAGGGAAAAAGCAAAAUCCAAGUAUACAAUGUUAUAUAGAUUCUGCUCUGGGGUACCCAUGUGGUCUUCCAACUCGUGGCACAGUCUCUACCCAGGACACAGUCCCACACUCCACUCCUGCUGCAAUCUACAAUCCCAAGAGCUCUUACCCCAUGUACCUGCCCCCUAUACCUCUCUUUGGAUAGAGGUAGUAGCUCCCACAUAGCAGGUUAUUAAGCACAACCUGUCCUCACACAGGGGACACACACUGGGAUCCUUCCAAUACCUUUACCUUAGACAGAUCACUCACCGGGGGCUCACACAGAUCUGGUACCAGCAAUACCCUUUCUUCAGGCCAAAACUCACUGAGGGGUCACACAGAGCUGGUACCAGCAUCCACAGCUCUCACAGAAAUCUUCAUCCGGAGUGUGAGCACUCAAGUCUAUUUCACUCGAAUCUCUCUCUGGGUGAUCUCUCUCAUGAUUAUCGAGGUCCCAUAAUCCCCGAGCCCACCAAGGGCUUCGUCACCCACGUAGCUUCUCUCCAUAGCCUGCUGUAAACAAUGACUCCAUACUGAAGUGAAACUGGACAGCACUAAGCAGAACUCACCCUGAGCACAUGGCAGCUCAGCUUUUUAUACUCCUUGCACAACAGUGACACCUUCUGGUCAAAUCUGAAACUGUCAGGACUCACUGCAUUAGAGACAAAGGACUUAUCUGCCCACACCAGGGCAUUUGCAACUAUAGGGACCUCUGACCACUUGCCUACUAGUCACCACUUGAGCAUGCCCUUGGACUACCCCAGGUAUAUAUACUCUUACACUCCCCUGAGGGUUGUGCACAGAUAAGGGAGGUCAGAUUCCAAUGAGUCAUCUUAGUUAUUCAGCCAAAUACCUUUAGUUGUGUUUUUUUUCUUAUUUCGUGGUUCCAUAUCUUCCAUUGUGGCCGGCAUGUCUCAAAGCAAAAGCUAAGAUGUUAUCAGUCUAGUUCCGCAUACAUUUCUCAAAGCAAAAGGUCACAAAGCAAAAAUAUGUGGCAAUGGGCCAGGAUUAGCCUUAAGGUGUUCUAGCCUUGCACAUAAGCAGUUACACAAAAUAAUAUUCCUUCACCAACCAUGUGGGAUUUUCAAACCAUAGGGGAACUAUGAAUCCUUACAUUAUAUUCACUGUAAAUAUGUUAAAUUAUUAUUUUAAAUGAAUGAAUAUGUAAAUAAAUAAAAGAGUUCUUUUGGAUAUGAUGAUUAGUGCUCUGGGCUGGGAUAAUAAGGCAGAGCAGAUAAUUUAAUGGGGCCAUGGCGGUGUUAUUGACUGGUGCUGAGCACAACUGUGGGGAAGUGCAGGAGAGCAUUUUGGUGCCUGUACCUUUAAUGAAAGUGAGUGUGCGUGGGGAAUGUGCAAGUUGCCCAUUGUGCUUGUGGCUAUAAAUGUGGCUAUAAACUGCCCCUCUGCUUCCAUGCUAUGUACACACACUGGGGGGUUGCCUCUUUAGACAUCAAACCAGUGAUAUUUUGGCAAAAUAUUCAUUUUCUAAUGGUCUGAAAUGAGCAAAUGAAAGAUAAGGUUUGUCUGUGAGUGAGUCUGGGGCACAUUUAUUACAGACCAGAGCAGAUUAUUGGGAAUUUUCUUGCAUCUUAACUUCAUCCCAUUCACUGAGGAAAACACAACAAACACCUCAUGGACUUUACUGAAGAUUCCAGAAAGAGGAGGUGCAAACUGAGUGACUGGGUCAGUGAUGAACUACCAGGGGUGUAGAAGGUGAGAUUGCACCAGGGACCGCACCCCAUGGAGCCAACUGGAAGUUUGUGGUUGCGCAAAGCCAACAGCAAUGAUCAUUUCUGGAGGGGGUGGGGGCUCAGCUGCAUCCAGGCCCCUUAUCAGAUAAUUACGGUACCGAAACGUUUGAUCCAUUGUUAAGUGUCUGGAAGCACCUUGAAUAAAAGUGGGAGCACCCCGUUGAAAUCAAAUACAGGUAUUGGCAAUACUUUCUUUUCUGAGAUUUAUACUGGCGUGUGGCUAGGCCAGGGCCAUAUAUACCUGCAUCCCCUGCUACGAUUAUUUUCUACAAUUGAGUAACAUUGCCACAUUGGGGAAUCAAGUUACAAAUGAUGUCGUUUGAAGAUUUAAAUACUAUCACAAAAAAGAGUGCUGACACUUUCAGCUUCUCCCAACAAGAGAGAGCAGAGAUUUUGUCAUCUGUAGGAGAAUCCCUCUCAGAUGUGCUUGAUGUUUCUGUUACUCCUGAUAAAGAAGUGAAAAGAAAGAUCGAGACAUUGGCCAAAAAGGAAAUAAGCCUGAGUCUCCAUUGCAGUACAUUAGCUGAAUAUGCAAAAGUGGCCAGAAUACCCAGAGGCUUGAGAUGUACCUUGCUGCCGUUUUUUAAUAAGGAAGAUAAACAAUUUAUGGAUAAGUGGUAUGCUAUCCUAAACAGGUGCUCGUUGGACCUGAUGAUUCACACGAUACAAGGGCUGCAAAGUAAUAUUAAAAGCACUCAGCAGGAACUGGUGACUGCAACAACAGAAUUAAAGUCAAGAAUCACCUCUGAAAACUUUAACAAGUUCAACAUUGAACUACAAGCCUCUCUUGCAGAUUUCCGCGCUGAUCUGGUGCAGAAGAAACUCCAUAAAUAUAGGAGAGACACCCUGGACUACGAAUCCGAUCGUGUAUACACCUGGGCGGCAGAAAGGAAGCGCACUAGGACCCAGGAGCGAUGGCGCCGAGGUUUGCGCACUCCGAUGACGUCAGCCAGCACCAGAGACCAACGCCCGUCUUCCUCCACAGCGUCUUCAGGGAACUCAAGGAGCGGAAAAGCUUUUUUAGCCACAAGUACGCCGCAGAGCGAUCAGGAGGACAACAGAAGGGGCAGAAUAAACAACGAGGAAGUGCUACAGAGGGAAGAGAGAGAAGGCACGCGCAGUACAGGCAAGACCCAGAGAGCAGCAUCAAUGGACACCACUGCGCAAACCCCUGUGACUCGGAGGAAACACAAGCAGUAGCAUUAAAAUAAGGAACAUCUUCAAUAAGAAGUGAGAUGUAUGCAUCAUCCAGCUAAUUGUACUAUAGUCAGUGAGUAACAAAUAUCAGUAUGUUAACAAACUAUGUGUUGUAAAGUGUAAAUAGUGUUUUUUGUAAGCAUGGAGUAUAUCACUCAGGUUGAGGAUUAAUGGGUUAAUGUUACCAAUUGUUAAAUAGAGAAUAAUAAUUCACGAUUCACAUGAUAAAGGAGUAUUUUAGUAAUUUGAAUCCAUUUAUAUGUAUCUAUAAUGAUAGUCACAUUGAGAAACAGGUUUUGAAAGUGAAAUGGAUACACUGUGAUGCUUUUAACAUUGUUACACUGUUAUUUAAUUGUUUUAAAGUAUUUUGUAUCGACCACCACAAGAGGUCGCUGUUUGAAUGUCUAUAAAUAUGU